GAGAAAGAUCUGGACGGAGAAAGAACAAAUGUGAAGAGAAAAGCGAAGAUGCCGGAGAACAAGGCGACAGUGUACAGGACCAGCAGCUACCUGUCCCACUCUGCCUACAGGAAGAUCAAGCGGGUUCUGAGCUUCAGGAGGCGCGUGUUUGGCCAGCGGCUGGAGGAGACGGUUCUGUAUGAGCGGCGUUACGGGGUCCACAUGGCACCUCUGGUGGUGGAGCAGUGUGUGGACUUCAUCCGGGAGCGAGGUCUUCUGGAGGUGGGGUUGUUCCGCCAGCCAGGCCAGGCCACGCUGGUUAAAGAGUUGCAGGAUGCCUUCGACGCUGGGGAGAAGCCCUCCUUUGACAGCAGUACAGACGUGCACACUGUGGCGUCGCUCCUGAAGCUGUAUCUGCGGGAGCUGCCAGAGCCACUGGUGCCCUUCUCCAGAUACCAGGACUUCCUGGUGUGUGGCAAGAACAUCUCCUCUGAGAGGAAGCAGAGUUUGACAGAACUACGGCAUCUUCUUCAUCAACUUCCAGUGGCUAACUUCAACCUGCUCAACUACAUCUGCCAGUUUUUGAAUGAAGUCCAGUCCUAUUCUAGCAGCAACAAGAUGAGCACCCAGAACCUGGCUACUGUUUUUGGCCCAAACAUCCUACGACCCAAAGCUGAAGAUCCAGAGACUAUCAUUGGAGGGGCAGCCGUGGUGCAGCAGCUUAUGUCCGAGCUGAUCAGGGAGCACCUGUGCCUCUUCUCCAGGGAGGGGGGAGACAUAGAGGCCCCUGGCUCUUCACGCCCUGACUCUUACCCAUGUCAGAGAUGGAAAGGAGACCCAUUCGAGGGGGCGCACAUCCAGCCAACUGCCCAGACCCAGUCGCAUGAUUACAGUCUGGGCAUAACAGCCGAGCACCUCCCCAAACAACAGCCAGCACACCAUCCUUCCCCUUGCUCCCGCCAGCUCUCUCUGCCUCUGAUCCCUAAGAGGAGGGGGUCGGCCCAAAACCCAGGUGAAACCAGUUUAGCCACACGGCAGUCCAUCACAGACCACCAGCAGCAGCCAGCUGAGGUGUUCUCUCCAGUGAGUCUUGCUUCUGGGCCUCUGUACCACAGACACACUCUGUCCCAGUCAGAGUCCCAGCCCACUGAGACCGCAGACAGCCCCCACCCUGCCUCCCAACUCACAGAAUCUGCAUCCACAGUGACGCUACAGGCAGCCCCAGAACCCAGCAGCAUGCUGCCCAUUGGCUGGAGGGGCCCAGAGGAUCCCAGCUGGGCUGCAGAACAGGGGACUACUGGCACCAGUGGUAGCAGUGAGGCUCAGGACAGUACUCUGUCUGUCUAUGACAACCUGGACACACUACAACGCAUGGAGGAGGUGGCUGCGGAUGGUGGUGGGGGCAGCCCUGCUGGCCCAGUGGAGGUGGAGAUGGGCACGGCCAGCAUGGUAGACACCAGAAGCUCCUGGUCUUCCUGUGAGAUUCUGUCCCUGGAAGACAAUGGGUGUGGUGGGGUCAGAACCAGCCCAGGACGGGGGUCCACUAGGUUCCCCUCCUUCAGGACUGACCCAGGAGACGAGGACCUCCCUCCUAACUCCCCAGCCUCCUCCUCUGCCCUCACUGAUGCCCCCCUGAGCACGGGCAGCUCGGAGGUCUUCCUGCCCUCUGCUCCUCCGGACCUCCGCGUCCCCCCGGCCUCCCAGGCCAUGCACUGGCUCUUGACUGGCCUCAAACAACAGAUGGCCAGGCAGAGGGCUGAGUUCGAGGCCAAGAUCCAGAGGUUGGAGAUGCGUAACGAGGCCCUCCAGGGGGAGCUGGUGGGACUGCGGACCAGCCUGGAGCAGCAACGCUGCUGGCACAGUGUGGCCGAGAUCAAGAUCCGCAACGUGGAGCGUGCCAGGGCCGAUGCCGACCGCCGCAACACCACUCUGCAGAGGGAGAUGGAGCAGUUCUUUGAUACCUUCGGAGAGCUGAACACUGAGGCCCGGAAGAGCGAAGGGCCACCAUGAACACAGCUCCAGUCCAGUCUGUCCCCGGCAGACUGCCACCAUGAACACAGCUCCAGUCCAGUCUGUCC